AUGGCUGCAGAGGCUCUCGGCGCGUGGUCCAGCAAUGGCAGUAGGAUCCUGUGCCCUGUGGAUGCUUCCUUUGCCCAGCGCUUCCUGCCUGCUGUCUACCUGAUGGUGAUCCCACUGGGGCUGGUGGGGAAUGGGCUGGGGCUGUGGCACCUCUGCACGGGGCCUCGGCAGGGCACCCACCAGCCCCUCAGCCUGCUGGUGGGCAACCUGGGGCUGGCUGACCUGCUGUACGUCAGCACACUGCCCUUCCUCGUCAGCUACUACCUGCAAGGCAGAGUGUGGGUCUUUGGGCAGGGUUGGUGCCGGCUCACCCGUGUCCUCUUCCACAUCAACCUCUAUGCCAGCAUCGGCUUCCUCACCUGCAUCAGCAUCCACCGCUACCUGGGCAUCGUGCACCCGCUGAGGGCACGAGGCAGGUGCCAGGGUGCAGCCUCUUCAGUGUGGCUCAGCGUGAUGGUCUGGGUGUGGGUCAUUGUGCAGGUAGCUCCUGAUUUUGCCUUCAGCAAGAUGGAUGACACAGGGUCACAGUGCCAUGACACAACGGGGCACAAGAACGUGAGUGUUUACUUGCCGUACAGCUUGGCUGUCACCGUGACUGGAUUCAUCAUCCCAUUCCUCAUCAUCAUCGGGUGCUACUGCCAUGUGGUGUUGGUGCUCUGCAGGAGCAACACCGAGGACCUCAGCCUCAGGAGAAGAAGCAUCAGACUGGUGAUUCUUGUGAUGGUUCUCUUCUCCAUCUGCUUCCUCCCGUACCACAUCUUCAGAAACCUCAACUUGUUGUUUCGUGGCUGGCAGCUGCAAUGGUCCUGCACACCAGCUUUACAGAGCAUCUACAUUUCCUACCAGGUGACUCGGGGCCUGGCAAGCUUCAACAGUGCCCUCAACCCCCUGCUCUAUGUGUUUACCAGCAAAGACUGCAUGUCACGAAUGAGGACCAUCUGCCAAAGAGCCAGUCAGUGUCUGGGGCCCACCUUCAGGAGGAAAACCUCUUGCCAGGCCAAUGAGAAGACAAGGAGCAUCAUUCAUUGUAAGGAGGAGGCUUCUGAUGAAAUCUGA